AUGGCGUCGGCCUGGGGAGGCUCAAAUCAAGGAGGUACCUCAAGUAGAUGGUUCCGCGUGCGAACGAGCCCGCGAGAUGCCUGUUCCGGAGACGGGGACGGGUCAUCCUGCGGGAGUCCCCUGCCGAAGGGCGCGUUUCGUCUCAGCGGGAGCUGCAGGCCCACCCGAGCGGCGUUCGCGUCCAUGACCAUGAACGGGAUCGGUUCUCCUACUUGGCCAAGUAGUGACGGAGCCACAUCGGAAUCCCCACCCGGGGAACCCGACUCGCAGCAGGGCAUCAUCGGAGAGACGGUGGUCACCGUGACGGAUGACCCCGAGACUGGGUUAACCAAGGUGAACUUGAUUACGUGGGACCGCCCCAACCUCAUGGCGGACAUGGGCGGCGCUUUCAGCUCAAUGGGCAUCAACGUAAUGAAUGCCAUCAUGAACGCAGGACCGGACGGGUUCGUCGAGAACUGGUUCGUGGUGUGCGGACCCGACAAGGGGGCUGUGCCGCAGGACCAGUGGGAACAAAUCAAGCAAAGGAUGAAGGCCACUUGCCAGCGCCGCGGCCGGGGCAAGCCGUGGCAGGAGCGUGAGAAUCGCCUGCGGGAGCUGUUCACCCGGAUAGACUCGGUCGGGAACGGGUACAUUAGCCAGGACGACCUCAACAAUUUCGCGCACUCUCUGAGGAUGCCUAAGGCGUUCGUGCACGACUUUGUGGACGAAGGGGACCAGUCGGGUGACGGCAAGAUGACGUUCGAGGAGUUCGCGGCGUUCGUGCGAUCCAAAGAGAUUUCGCUUCAAAACGCGUACGAGUCCCUCAACCCGGACGCUAAGGGUAGGAUUCGCGGGUCACGUCUGAAGAAAAACCUCGGCAACAUGGAGAUCCGCGCGGGUCGAUACAAUUCGCGAAAGAAGAUCCGGCGCAAAGGCAUAGAGAAGAUGCUUCAGUACGUGGAGGACGAGCAGGUGCUGAACGCCAACGAUUUCAGGGACCUGAUGAUCCUAAUCCCAGAGAAUCAGUUGCAGACGGUGUCCCCGUACUACAUGAAGGUCGGCCUGGACAUCGGUACCAGGCGCCUGCCCAUCCCGGAUAGGCGCAAGGAUGGUAAACCGUGGGGACACUUGCUGGCUGGAGGCAUUGCGGGCAUCGCUUCCAAGACGGUCUCUUCGCCACUCAACGUCGUUGCGGUUCGAUCCAUCGCCGGGGAAGGGGGUGCGAGUCGCAUGUCAGCCCGCGAAAUGUGGAGUACGAUGUCGCACAUCGCGCGCACGGAGGGUGUCGGCGGUUUGUUCAAGGGCAACAUGUCCAACUGCAUCAGCAGCGCACCGGGCAAGGCAAUUGAUUUUUUCGCUUACGCAGCGUACAAGGGUCUGCUCACAGGCAACGACCGCGAACCGACAAACUUGGAGCGUCUGCUCGCGGGUUCACUGGCGGGUAUGACCUCAGACAGCAUCCUGUAUCCGCUGGAGGUGGUUUCAACCCGAGUGACCAUGAACAUGUCAAAGACGGGAGCGACAAACAUCGCACAGGCGAUGGUGGAGAUUGCGAAGAAAGAGGGGAUCCGCGGUCUAUACAGCGGCUGGGGCGCGGCGAUGGUGGGCGUGGUACCGUAUGCCGGUAUAUCUUUCGGUUGCUACGACAUCCUGAGCGCGCAGUACAGGAAAUUCGCUCGCGUGGACAGCGCGGGUCCUCUUCCAACGCUCGGAAUUGGAUUCAUUUCAGGUUUUUUGGCCUCCACCAUCUCGUUUCCACUCUACAGCGCCACGGUCAAGCUGCAGACCGGAACUUUGGUGCCCGGAUUGGUGGGCAAGCAGAACUUAGUGAGCGUGAUGCGGUACACGAUCGCCAAGGAUGGGUACAAAGGGUUGUUCAACGGCUGGCUUCCGGCGUCCACCAAGAUGAUCCCGCAGGCUGGUAUCUCGUUUGUUGUGUACGAGAUGGUCAAACGGCGGCUCGAUCAAUCCAACUACGUGGACGUAGAGGCGGACGAGGACCUGGACAUCUUUGAAUGA